UGAUCCGAGUCGGUUUGUGGGGGCGAGAGAAGGUAGAGAAAUCGAGAAAGAAAAAGAAGGAAAAGCCAUUUCAGCCAUAGAAAGAGAAAAAGCUAUUGCUUCUUCUACUUCCUCAUCUCUCUCCAUUCUCUAUCCUUUUCAAACCCCAUAAUUUCUCUUCUCCUCUCUCAAUCCAUUUUUACCUCCUCCGAUUGAAUCCUUCAAUUUUAUACAUGAACCUUGGUUUUGAUAAACUGAUUUGGUGCUGAUUGUGGGUUUUCUUUUUUUUCUUCUCCUCACAAUCCACCCCUUCUUUUGUUUAUUGCUUUUCAUUUCAUUAUUUUAUCUACUUCAACAACCCAUAUGAGGAGAGGAAGAGGAGCCGCCGCCCCUAAACAGGUCGUGGAACCAAAUGGAUCAGCACCUCAAAAUAUCGUAAAUGGAAAAGAGCCCAGAUACAGAGGAGUCCGGAAAAGACCGUGGGGCAGAUUUGCCGCUGAGAUCAGAGAUCCCUGGAAAAAAACGAGGGUCUGGCUCGGCACAUUCGACUCAGCGGAGGAUGCUGCUCGUGCCUACGACGCCGCUGCACGCUCCCUCCGUGGUCCCAAGGCCAAAACCAAUUUUAUUUCCGACUCCCAUUUAUCUCCUUUCACCUACCAAAACCCCCCACACCCUUUCAUGGAUCACAGAUUAUAUACAUCAAAUGGGUUUCACGAGCAUCACGUAAUUCCACAGAGACCCGCAUCUAGCAGUCAGAGCAGUACUGUGGAAUCUUUCAGCGGUCCUAGGCCGCCGGCACAGCAAACAACAACGGCAACAAAAAAAUCGAAGCUUCCGUUGGCGGCGACAGCCCCGAGGAAAAACCAUCAUCGGACCCCACCGAUGGUACCGGAGGAUUGUCACAGCGAUUGUGAUUCGUCGUCAUCGGUGGUUGACGAUAGAGAUAUCGCAUCAUCCUCGUCCUUGAGCUGCAGAAAGCCCUUACCUUUCGAUCUGAAUUUUCCACCGUUGGACCAGGUUGACUUUGUUAUCGAUGAUCUCCAGUGUACUGCUCUAUGCCUUUGAUGAUGAUGAU